AUGGAGUUCUCCCCGGAGGAGUGCAGCGGCGGCGGCGGCGAGUCUGAUUGGACCAUCUACCUCGCCUCCGACGCCAACUAUGAGAGAGAUGAAGAUGAAGAGCAACACCAAGAAGAAGAGGAAGAUGAAAACGUCGGCACUGGCGGCGGCGGAGAAACCAGCAUGGAAGACGAGGACGAGGAGGACGAAGAAGACGACAGCGAUUCUCUCACCUCCGACGCCGCGUCUGCUCCCAUUCAGCUUGAUCCAUCUCACUGUAGCGCGGCCGCCAGCAGCGGCGCCACCAACGGAGACGCCGACGAGGAGGGGGACGAUGGCGAUUGA